UUCCGGCGGAACAGAGCGGUGUUUUGGUCCUCUCGUGCUCAUGGCUGCUCACGGUAAAAACUUUAUCCGCGUGCGCCUCCACUUCGACUACCCGCCUCCGGCUGUUGCGGGAUGCCGCAUGUGCUGGCUGCUCGCGGACCUGAACACCUGCCGGGUGGUGGCGGACCUGGAGAGCCUGAUCCGGGAGAAGUUCGGGUUCAGCCGCAGCAGCGUCCUGCAGCUCUUCCUCCAGGACUGCUACCUGCCGCACACCGAGAGCGUUUGUGUUGUGCGCGAUGACGACAGCCUCAGGGUGAAGGUGGACUCUCUGGCUCAUCUUAAUGGCCACAGCAGCAGUCCGGAUGCAGCAAGUGAAAACGGCAAAAAGAGACAGAGACCCACAGAGGAGGAUUGUCCAGAAGAGAAGGCAGUGUGUGUGGAUCGGAAGAAAAAAAAGAGGAAAAAAAAGUGUGAGGAGAGCGUGGAGACCGAUACCAAGCAGGCUUCAGGAGAGGAGAAGAAUGGGAAGUUAGAAAUAAAACACAAGGACAAGAAGAAGAAGAAGAAGAAGAAAAAGAAGGCAGAGGAAACCCCCAAAGCAGCUGCUUCUCCCCCCAAAACCCCAGCUAGUGUAGAGAAGCCAGCUAAAAGCAGCAAGAAGCCCCUAGUGACAAAGCCAAAGAAGGUCUCCUCUUCAGACUCCAGCAGCAGCAGCGAAGACGAUGAAGCUGCCAAAAAACCAGCUGCCAAAAAACCAGCCGCCAUAAAACCCACACCCAAAACACCCACACUCAAAACACCCACACCCAAAACGCCCUCCUCCACUCCUACUGCUUCCAAGGCGCCUCCAACCACCAAACCCCCCCAGACUAAACCACGCCCUCCUCCUUCAUCCUCUUCCGAGUGCUCCUCCUCUGAUGAGGCCCCCGCUGUGAAAAGCCUGCCCAAAACAACUUAUUUAACCUCCACAGCCCCCAAAGGAGCAAUAAGUAAAGACUCCAAGCCACAGCAGGCCACCAACGGUGCACAGAAGCAGGUGGCGGCGCAAAAUCACCAUGACAACGCAGCGUCUUCUGACUCAGACAGUGAUGAUGAGAUCAAGCUGGUGAUCCGCCAGCCGGGGCAGCAGCCGGGCUUCGGUGGGGGUGGCAUGUCGCCAUGGAGAGGCCGCGGCAGGGGACACAUCGGGCGGGGGAGUCCUGUAGAGCAGAGCAGGGGACACAUCGGGCGGGGGAGUCCUGUAGAGCAGAGCAGGGGACACAUCGGGCGGGGGAGUCCUGUAGAGCAGAGUAGGGGACACAUCGGGCGGGGGAGUCCUUUGGAGCAGAGCAGGGGACACAUCGGGCGGGGGAGUCCUGUAGAGCAGAGCAGGGGACACAUCGGGCGGGGGAGUCCUGUAGAGCAGGGCAGGGGUGGAGGACGACCAGGGGGCUUCAGAGGGUCCAGUUACAACGGAGCCAGAGAGCCAUCCUGCCACACUGACACACUGACCAACCUGUCAGUGGUCCUCCAGAACGGAGCAAACGGAGCACAAGCUGCCCCCAAACGGGACUACAGCUCCUUGCCUCUGCUGGCCGCCCCCCCCCAGCCAGGGCAGAAGAUCGCCUUCAAGUUACUAGAGCUAACAGAGAACUACACACCGGAGGUAUCAGAGUAUAAGGAAGGAAAGCUUGUGAGCUUUGACCCAACCACCAAACAGAUCGAGCUGGAACUUCUUUAUACCUAUCAAGCUCCUGUAGAGCCGGGCAAGUUUGACCUUGUGUAUCAGAACGCAGACGGCUCUGAGAGCGUGGAGUACGCCGUGUCCAGAGGCUCUCAGGUGACAGAGCGCUGGGACUCCCUGCUGGAACCAAGGCUGAUCAUCUAAAAAUGGAUCAAGCUGUUUCUCUACUUAUUUUUUAUUUCAGGAUCCUUCAGCUUGACUUAAACUGGGGAGUCACUUCUGUGCAUUGUACAUGACGGCUAAGGAAUGUGAUAAAGGUUGAUUAUAUUCUCUUAGAUGUACUCCUCAAUAACUCAUUAUUUGCACAGAAAAGCUAGUGUAGGUGUAAGUAUUGAAAAGUGGAAUAUGUUUUGCAUUCAACCUGGGUAAGAUAUGAAGUAUUGUGUUUUAAUAUGUUGGUGGAACGAGUGACUUCCAGGACAGAGACAUAAUGGUUUUAUGUUUUGUACAGUAUUGUGUUGAUAUCAGUCUUGUAUAAACCGUUUUUCUAAUAAAAUCCUUGGUCUAUAG